AUGAACACGCGCAAAUCGUGUCGCCCAAUUAUUUCAUUAAACACGACGAACACGCUGAAACACACCAUUCGGACACGCAAUUUGAAUUAUUCGUCCUUCUCUCUCCUACUAUUUCCAAUUGCGACUCCACACGCCAAGAGAGAGAACGAGGCUUCUUUCCCGCACGAAAACGCGCGUUGGAAAUUAGCGAGAGGUUUUAGCGAGGUUCUUCUCCGAGACACGUUGAACAUCGAGCCGUCAAAAUCAAUCAUGACUGAUAAUGGCGACUGGACAAAACUUCUUGAACUUCGAGGCGGUAAGUCCCGCACUAAUGACAAUAAUACAAAAUAAUAUAGAAUACGUUUGAGCUUUUUCACUCUUUUAUUAUUCAUACACUUUCGUUGUUAUAAUGAUACGUAAUGAUUAUACAACGAUACUCUACAAGUUAGUUUUGAUAAGAAAUAAGGGACACGGAUUCGAAAACGUUCCUGUCGUUCGCGAACGCCGACAUUCCCAAUACGAUUUUCACAUCUCGUAUCCAUUGCUAGAUAAAUAAAUUCGAUAAUAAAUACAUUCUGAUACAUGAAAACAAUUCGAUAUAUUUAAGAUGAAUAAACAUAACUUAAAAUCAGUUCCAAAACUUUAUUAAUAACAAGCAAUUAACGCAUUUAUUCUUCAAUUAUAUUGUCUUCAAUUAUAUUAUCUCUUCUAUCAGCUCAAAUUCUAGUUCAAUUUUGUUUUAAAAUCUUGGCACGCGUCACGUACCAUAUUUUUUAAUGUGUUACGUGAAUU